UAUAGGAGGCAACGGCCAUGAGAAUUGGACUCUUUUGAGGUUUUUGCCUCUGCUCAUAGGUGAUGUUGUUCCUGAAGAUGAUGACGCAUGGUCUGUAAUUCUCGAACUUAAAGACAUUGUGGAAAUUUUGUCAUCUUCCAGUUUUACGGAUGAAAGUUUGUGUUACCUUGAUGCCAAAAUAAGUGAGCACAGAAAACUGUUACUGACUGUGUUUCCGGGGCUGAAACUGAAACCAAAGCACCACUUUCUGGAACACUAUGCACAUUUAAUCCGCUGCUUUGGACCAGUGGUUGAGUUUUGGACAUUCCGUUUUGAAGCUAAACAUAGCUUUUUCAAGAAAGUGGUUCGUGAUGUCAACAAUUUCAAAAACAUUCUAUUGACUCUGUCCCUCAGACAUGAGCUUAUGUUGGCAUACUACUUGGACAUGCCCAACCUUUUCAAACCAACAGUGGAAGUAGAGGGAACCUCAGAUGUUUCCUUUGACAUUUCGGCUGCCUCUGUCAAGCAAGUGAUUGAGAAGAAAUGUAGAACUCUGAGCAGUGUAUCUCUGGCCACAACUGCAUACAUACAUGGGACAAGAUACACCAAGGGAAUGUUCGUGUCAGUGGGCAGCACAAGUGGACUUCCUGAUUUUUGUCCAUGUGUUGCUUGUAUGCAACAAGCUAUUCUUUGUUCUUGAACCUUUCUCAGCCUGGUAUUUGGAACACCUGAGAUGUUACGAAGUUGUUAAGAGAGACUCUGCUCAACUGAUGGUAGCCGAACCUGAAGACCUGAACCACUACAUUCCAUUGUCAGCGUACACUGUCCAGGGCCGAGUUGUGGUGUCACCAGAGGCGUUUCUUAUUCAUUAAGGUAUUUUUGCACCACAUUUGCCACUUGUGCACCAAAGUUUUUAGUUUGUUAAAAAUGUAAUUUCUAUUUUUUUCACAGUUGGAGUUUUGAGCAUCGGGUUUGGAGCAUCAGUUUUGGAGCCGGAGCAUCAUCUUACAGCGUCUCAUCUUUAACGAUAAAAACAGUUUCAUCAUGCUGCUGCGUAUCAUCCUGUGUGAAAAUGACAUUAGGAAGCUUACCAUCGACAACUUGCCCGAGACUAUUGAUGACUUCUGCUCAAUCCUGAAGAUGAAAUUGGGACUGGAGGGGGACCUUGUGAUUCAGUAUAAAGACCCCGAUUUUGAUAAUGAACUGUGUAAUUUAAGUAGCAUGUCAGAGCUUCCUAAAGAUAAAGCAACUUUGAAAGUGCACACCAAGUCUUCUGAAUCAUACCACACAGAUUCAACGCUGGACACAGCAAGCCUGUCAUCUUCCCUUGAGGACUCCCCCAGUGGUACCCAAACUCGUCAGCUGCCUCAACCAUUUGUCAUUCCUGCCUUUUCAUUUGAUGUUGAGUUGAAACUGAGGCAAGGAAAUGAAGCCUUCCACAGAGAUGGGACCCUUCUUGACAUUUCAAAAGACAUGAAAUCAGACAUCUUGGACAAGUUGGCAGAAGCCAUAUAUGCUCACAAUCCCUAUCCAUCACGUGAUGAGUAUGAUUAUGUGGCUCAAGCUCUCAUCCAAAAACAUCCUUGUUUGAAGGAACCAGGGUCUGUCAGUGGGUGGUAUUGCUGGAAGUUCAGUUUAAAGUUCAAAAUGGGCAACUUCCGGCAGAAGAUGCGAGUGGCGGGAUCCUCAGAGCUCAGAGUCAAUGCUCGUGCCUCAGGAAGUGCAAAAAGACUGAAGAGGGCCAGAAAGUCGGAAGUGAACUUCCUGCCAGAUUUUCCAGAAGGGAAAACCCAAAGUGUCUUCGACAAAGAGAGAUUGGCCAUGGUCAGUGAGAUGAAGAAAAGAAAGGUUGACUGGAAGCAAAUUGGUGAAAUGAUGAGUGACACAUUCGCUCUACGAAGGAAGGAGAUUGUUGAAGAUGAACCUCUAGUGGCACAAGUCAAAGACAGGUGGCCAGCCUUGUUCUCUGAACGGCAGAUUGAAGCAGAAUUUGCUCGUCUUACAUUAGUUGACCUGAAGGGCUCCCUCUUUGCUGGGCUGGACCAGUAUAUGACAAGGUUCCUGGAGCUGUACAAAGGAAAGAGUGGAAUAGUGGACCUAGCCAGGCUGAUGAGAUGUCUCGAUGAUAAGAGCUCCAUACACCACAAGAGCACAGUUCUUCUGCUGGGCCUUCCUCACUUUCUCAAGGAGGAUGCCUCCAGUUUUUUCAAGACUGUCGAGGCCACAGAUGAUGAGGAGACGUUCACACGGGGGAUGAAAGUUGGUGUGGUCAUGGUGAAGAAUGGAGAAGACAUCAUUGACACAGCAGUGGUCCUUGACGAAGCAGUGAUCAUGACCAAUCAGCAUGACCUCCCACGUGCCAUUGCCUUGCUGAUGGGUCUUCUUUUUUCUCUGAACAUAGACUAUCCAAAAGAACUAAAGUACACGUUCGAAGUGAUUCAAAAGGUCCUGAUGAACAUAGGUGGGGGACAGUGUUCCUCACUUGUACAUGGGUUACGUAACAGGCUGCUGCGGAAAACCAUCUGAGAUGGUAUCAGAACUCAUCUCAUGCCUGAGUGUUAAAACUUAGUUUUUCAUGUCAAGUUCUUAUUUUGUCUAUCAUAGGUUUUGCUAAUGCACAUUUUUCAAUUUUUCACUUAAAUUCGCAUUGUAGUAAUUGUAAUUAUUUAGCGCUCAAAGGAGACUCUCCUUUUGUUUACCUGUACUCCGUCCACACACUCAGACAUUUCUUCCAUGUCGCAGAUGUUCCGUUUAGACAUGUUUACUAUUUAGACCUUGUCAGGCCGCAGAGGACACUUUAAUGGCAUGCUGUUCCAUUUACCAGUGCGGAAUAUGAGGUUACAAUGGGGACAGAUGAACAGAAAAAGAAAAUUCCACAUUUCAGAUCUGUUCUGAAACUGUUGGACCUCCAACAUUUAAUUAAGAUGACCAGGUUCAACUGUUGCAUCCUUUCCCACAACCUGUUGUAUGAAGAGUGGUGUUUUCAAGAGUAUUAUUGUUUCUGUGUCCCGAGGUUUUUCGGGAGGAGCGUGGGAGAAAGGUGAAAAUCCGAAGUCCUUUGCUUCCUCAUUUACUGCCCCUCUGAGUAAAUGCCCAGUUCUCCAGCUGUGUAUUGUCACUUCACACUUUGUUGUCUUGAAAUGUAUCAUCCACAUCCGUUCCCUGCCCUUGAUGUCAAGGCAGAGGGGGGCAGGGGAUUGGACGAACACACUUGAUUAUAAGUGUUCACUUCUCGUUUAUCCAUAAUGCCUGUUCUUGGGUUGGCAAUGUCAUGCAAUGCACCAAUAAAUGCUCAUCUUGUUGCAUGUUAAUUGUUGUUUGUCAUAUUUCUCUUAAGUCAAUGACAUCUAUUGUACUAAAAAGUUUUUCCAACAGGCAACAUUAGUUAUGUUGAAAUGGACAUGUAAGUUCCAAGAAAUCUUGGAUAUGUUAAAUAGAUUAAUUUAAUUUAAAUGACCUGUCACUUUUGAUUAAGAUAAAAAUAGAUUUGCAAAUUAGAAUAACAACCCUAAACAGUUCAGUCAAUUAAGUCCAAGUCAACUUAACUGAAAAAAAAAAGUUUACUCAACGUAAUACUUUAAUUAAGCUGAAAUACAUUUACAAGUUCAGACAACUACCUUAAGUAGUUCAACCAACUAACAAAUCCAAUUCAACUUAACCGAAACAAAAGGUUUACACAACUGACCAUUUUAAGUGAACUGAGAUAGAUUUGCAGGUUCAAACAACUACCUGAAGGAGUUAAGUCAAUUCCGAAAUCUAAAUCAACGAAACUAAUGCAGAUGUUUACACAACAAGGAAUAUUUAUUGAAGAUGACAAAUAAUUCUUUUUCACUUGACUUAGAUUUUUAAGGCAGCCCUUUCACUCAUAUUUUUAAG